AUUCCCUGCGAAUGAAAUAAAAAUCAGGCCAUACAUUUUAUCGUUUGGUAUUGAGUAUUAGCAUCUGAAAAGAAACUUUAAUUUUUUUUUUUGCUCAAAAUGAAUCACUUUUUUCAAUUAACCAUUGUAGCCAUUUUGGUGACUAUUGUUUUAUCGUCUCCAAUAACCGGUGACUACAGUAAAAAAGAAUAUGAAGAUGAAUGUAAACAGGCAGAAAAUUUUCUUUCAAACGCAUUGAAAAAAUAUGUCGAUGAAGAAUUUGUUCAAGCAUAUGGUAAAAUCCUUAUGGAUGGAUUACAUCGAUUGAAUAAAAAGACCGAGGACGCUAUUAAAAAUGAAACCGAUGGUACUAAAAAACAAGAGGCAAUUAAUUUUGCAUACGAUUCAUGUGAACGACUUUUACUUUUCAUGAAAGAUUUAGAAGAUAAAAUGAAACAAUGAUUGUUGCGAAUCGAUCCAUAUUCAAAUGAAUGAUUAUAUUUGGACAUUUUGAAUAAAU